AUGCCUACCUCUAAUACCUUCCUGAGUGGUCUCGCUGCCUUUGCUGCUCUCACCCAAUUAGCAUAUGCAACCACUUGCCAGCAUCAACCUAUCAACUCUAUUCAAUAUUGCCAGGAAACCACCGCCAUCACCUACUCAAACAUUGCUGACUCCGGUACCUAUCAAGAUGUUUCCGGCUAUGAUAUGGAUUCUUGCACUUGCUCUUUCACGCCCAAGGACUUCUCUGGUGGACUAGCUCCUUUGAACGAAGAGCUCUCUCUCCAUCUCCGUGGGCCUAUCAUCCUCAAGAAGUUCGCUGCCUACACCCCCAACACAAAGGCCAAGCGCCAUGAGGAUCACGUCCGCCGCCAUGCCCAUGGCCACCUGCGCAAGCGUAAGGAUAAUGUCCUCACAGUCACCUCAACUACUACCAUCACAAUCACUGUUCCUGCUUCAGAUGCUACUCCAGCUCCAGGUUCUGGAGGUCAAGGAAGUAAUGGAGGCUAUGGAGACAUCUGCUGCCGCCCCACUGCAAGCAGCGCGAGUGCUGUCACCGGGGACUGGAACCGAAUCUCAUUCUUCGAUGCCGAGGCAGGUAAAGCUGAUGGCCUGGUAUUUUUGAACCACAUGGGUGGGCAAGGAUCUGGAACAUUCGACAAUUGCUUCGGAAACUCAAUCUCUUACGCCAAUGGAACCGCCAAUGGUGGUUCUGCAAAGCCCACCAUUUUGGAAGAUAUUCUGAUUCCUUCCAAUAACGAGUUCAUUAUUAUGACCGACCGCCCAUGCGAAGGAAAUGACUGUGGAGUCCACCGCCCUGGAAUCCCAGCCUACCACGGAUUUGGAGGCGAUAACAAAGUCUUUCUCUUCGAGUUCCAAAUGCCCGAAGACAAGAACUGCCCCGAGUUCAACCGCAAUAUUCCUGCUAUCUGGGCACUCAACGCUAAAAUCCCUCGCAACGUUCAGUACGGAAAAUGCUCUUGCUGGGACACUGGAUGUGGUGAAAUCGAUCUCUUCGAGACCCUUGUUGAUGCCGACGACUUCCUUAAGACCCACUACCACUCCAAGCAGGGUGCCGUUGGCAAGUACGGAGGCGGUGGUGCUCCCGACUUCUUUGCCAGGCCUUACUCAAAGCCUAUCCAGGCUGCGGUUGUUUUUUCGGGUACAAGUGUUACGAUCAAGGUUCUCGAUGAGGAUACUUCAUUUGCCGAGGCACUGAGUAGUGACUUUGUCAAGGGUUGCGAGAAGAGCGUCUCAGUCUUCGCUGUUCCAUCAUAA